AGAAAGACACAUCGAUUAUCCUGAAAUACCUCAAAGACCUGUAACAGGUAGGAGAAUAUAGUAAAUGCUAAAGUUCUUUUGUUUGUUUGCAUGGCGACAUUACUUUGAAUUGUCGAAAAAUCAAGUUUAACAAAGCCAAAGCAAAUAUUAUUCAUUAAAAUAAUCUAUUUUGGAGGAAAAUUAAUAAUAAUUUGUUACUUCAAUCAUCUUUGAGUUGAAUGAAUUAUAAUGAAUUAUAAUGAAUUAUAAUGAAUUAUAAUGAAUUAUAAUGAAUUAUAAUGAAUUAUAAUGCUGUUUCACCCUGCAAAACCAAAAACUAAAGACCAGUGAUAAAAACACUGAUCGGUUCUUAAACAUGUUUCUAACUGAGUGUAUAAUAUUCAUUACUGCAGGGGGUAUAAAAAAGUGUAAUCCAACUUUAUUAGCAUGUUUGAACGCGUUAUGUUGAAUUUAUGUGGCUAAAAUUUUUACAAAGUUGAAAAAUUUCGGCUCCUAUAGCAGUCGAAAUUAACGAUGCCUGAUUUGUAACAUGAUUAGAGUAAAUGAAUAUAAAUACGGGUCGAAUAAAAAUUGCAUGUCGAGAUCGCUUGGGAAUUGGGCGCAAAACUAUUUUGAAAAUAAAUCCCUUUUGAAUCUAAAAGUUCAUGAAUUUUAAUAAAAAUUAAAUUAAUAAAGGUCUAAUUCAUGUGAUAAAAUUGAAAUAAAAACUGUUGUCCUAAAUGUGGUCACUAGCUUUUGUUUAUUAAUUUUCUUUCCUCGCAAAAAACAUUUAUGAUUGCAUGGUAUUUCUUUUUUCAUGUCCUGUUUUAAUAUGCACAUGCAAAGGUUGGAAAAUGUGCACGAUUAAUCCGCUGUUAUUGGUGAGUGGAACAAUUAUAGAAAACAGGUGUCAUUCAAAAGUUAAAACCUAAUCAUUAUUAACAUGAAAAAUUAAACUUUCCCACUAACUAAGGCUUAUAUUCUGCCAACUGUUUCAAUUCACAUUGGUGCGGAAUCAAAGCAGAAAUUUAAUGAAUGAUCCCUAACAUGUAAAAUUUCCAAACGAUUGUAAUUUUUUUGAAACUGCAGCGAGCAAACCACUUGCAGUUGCAGCAGUAAUUUCGUGAAGGUGAGACAAUAAUAUAACAGGAAGGAUAAUUUGCGAAAUAUAUAUUCCCCCAUUUUCGAACUUUCCUCUUACAACCUAAAAAAGAAGAAAGAAGAAAGCAGAUAACUAAAUUUUCAUGAACAUCUGGAACUUGACUGUUUCGUUGCGGGCAGCAACACUUUUUCCUUGUUGGCAUCGCUUUUACGGUCACAAAAAGCAAUACCGCCGGAGGAAAAAGUUUCUGUAUGUAGCUGAAAAGGGUAAUAUGCAUGUUAAAGUUUUCAGCAGCACUUAAAAAUAAUCAAGCAUAUAGGCGGUCAGUUACAACGAAGUGGAAAAAUUAAUAAAAUGAGUGCAUGAAUUAAGGUUAUUAUUUUUUUAUGGAUAUAAAUUUGGACAGGAGAAACGUUUGGGAACGUUAAUUACUACAAAUCAAAUAAUAAUUUCCCUCUAAUUGGCUCUCUAAUUGAUAAAGCAUUGAUUUUUGUGAUGCUCUUUCAUGCUAUGAUGCAUGGAAUUUUGUCUAGACUCGUUGAGUUCAAAUUUUGGUUAAUUGGGAAUUGGUCCAUUGGGUAGCUCUCUUAUUUAUAAAGCGUUCAAUUUUUACACCUAAGAUAUCCUUUAAGGAACAAUCCGCUCGUAUUUGGUUAUUUGUGAGUGGAACAAUAGAAAACAGGUGUCAUUCAAAAGCUAAAAACCUAAUCAUUAAUAACAUGAAAAAUUAAAUCUUUCCACAAACAAAGGCUUAUAUUCUGCCAACUGAAUCAAAGCAGAAAUUUAAUGAAUGAUCCCUAACAUGUAAAAUUUCCAAACGAUUGUAAUUGUUUUGAAACUGCAGCGUGCAACCCACUUGAAGUUGAAGCAGUAAUGGAGGAACAACGACCAUUUCGUGAAGUAGCUUAUAUUGGAGCUUAUCAAAGCGAUGUAAAUUAUGAAGGUGAGACAAUAAUAUAACAGGAAGGAUAAUUUGCGAAAUAUAUAUCUUACAACCUAAGAAAGAAGAAAGAAGAAAGAAGAAAGAAGAAAGCAGGUAACUAAAUCUUCAUGAACAUCUGCAAUUUCACUGUUUCGUUGCGGGGAGCAAUACUUUUCCCUUGUUGGCAUCGCCUUUACGACCUUGAUAAGCAAUGCCACCGAAGGAAAAAGUUUCUGUAUCUAGCUGAAAAGGGUUAUAUGCAUGUUAAAGUUUUCAGCAGCGCUUAAAAAUAAUCAAGCAUAUAGGCGGUCUGUUACAACGAAGUGGAAAAAUUAAUAAAAUGAGUGCAUGAAUUAAGGAUAUUAUUUUUCUAUAUGGAUAUAAAUUUAGACAGGAGAAACACUUAGAUUGGGAACGUUAAUUACUACAUAUCAAAUAAUAAUUUCCCUCUAAUUGCAUGGCUCUCUUAUUUAUAUAGCGUUGAUUUUUGCACCUAACAUGUCCUUUAGGGAACCAUGCUUGAAUUAUUCCUAUUUAUUACAAUGUCUGUCUUAAUUGUAACUCCUUAACAUUUUCGCACUUUAGGAAGACACACCAACUAUCCCCGAAUUGCAACUGGUAGGAGAAUAUAGUAAAUGCUAAAGUUGUUUUGCUAGUUUGCAUGGCGAACUUUGAAUUGUAAAAAAAUCAAGUUUUACAAGCCAUGUAUUAUUCAUUAAAAUAAUCUAUUUGGGAGGCAAAUUAAUAAUAAUGUGUUACUUAUAUCAUCUUUGGGUUAACACUCGAGAUAUAACUUAAACAUUUUUACGCGCGCGAAGCUUAUAAGUUGUAGUGCAUGUUGAAAGCCACAUUAAUUAUAAUGCCGUUUCACCCUGCAACACCCAAAACUAUAAGACCACUAUAAAAAACACGUACUGAUUAGUGUUUUUAAUUAACAUGUUUCUAUAUAACUAUAUAAUAUUUAUUACUCCAGGGUGUAUAAAGUGCAAUCCACCUUUAAUAAUUUUAACAUGUUUGAACGUGUUAUAAAUGUUGUUACAAAAUUGAAAAACUUGCGCUCCUAGAAGUCUGGCGAUACCUAUUUUGUAUUAUGAUAAGAGAUUUUUAUCGAAUAAAAAUUGCAUGUCGAGAUCGCCUGGAAAUUGGGCGCAAAACUAUUGAAAAUAAGUCACUUUUCGAUCUCAAGUUCAUGAAGUUUAGUUAAAAUAAAUAAAGCCAUAAUCCAUGUGAUAAAACUUAAACAAAAUGUCAUAAAUGUGUCACGUCUGUUUAUUAAUUUUCUUGCGGGGUGAAAAACAUUUGUUAUUUGUGAUUGCUGUUUCUUUUGUCGCGGUACUGUUUCAAAUAAUAUGCACAUAGGUUAGAAAGUGUGCAUGAUCAAUCUGCUCGUAUUUGGUUAUUUGUGCGUGGAACAAUAGAAAACAGGUGUCAUUCAAAAGCUAAGAACCUAGAGUCAUUACUAACAUGAAGGUGAGACAAUAAUACAAGAGGAAGGAUAAUUUGCGAAAUAUAUAUAUUACCCGAUUUUCGAACUUUCCGCUUACAACCUGAGAAGAAAGAAAGCUGAUAAUUAUAAAGGUUCGCGAACAUGCAUCUGGAACUUGACAACUGUUUCGUUGCGCGGAGGAAUUCUUUUUCCUUGUUAUCGUCGAUUUUACAGUCUUGAUAACAGAUAUACCGCCAAAGGAAAAGUUUCUAUAUUUAGGUGAAAAGCGUAUGUUAAACGUUUCAUCAGCACUUAAAAAUAAUCAAGCAUAGGCGAUCAUGCAGGUACAACGAAGUGGAAAAAAAUUAAUAAAAUGAGUGCAUGAAUUAGGGAUAUUAUACACUUAGGUAUAUUAUAUACUGUAGUAUUUCCAAAUCUAUAGAUUUCUUUUAUCUAUAUGCGAAAAUGCACUUGAAAACAAGGUGUGUGUGUGUUGAGUUAGACAGGAAAAACACUUAGCUAGUUUGGAAACGUUAAUUACCAUAAAUAAAAUAAUUAAAAUUUCCCUCGCUGUAAUUGGCUCGAUCUGUUAUUUAUAAAUCGUUGAUUUUUGCACAAACCUAUCCUUUAGGAAAUACUGCUUGAAUUAUUCAUACUAUUACAAUGUCUGUAAUUCUUCUCUCUAAUUAAACUCUUUAACAUUUUUGCACUUUAGGAAGACACAUCGUUGUUCCCGAUUUAGCAGGUAGGAGAAUAUAGUAAAUGUUACGUUCUUUUGUUAGUUUGCAU